AUGCCACGCCCACUGUUGCAUGUAUUGUGUUUUUCCUGUUCUUUUCCGUGUGCCUCCCAGCGGCUGUUGCAGGUGACCUUUCCAGCCACCAGUGCCUCCCAGGUCCGGGCAGUGGGGUUAUUCCUGCUCAACCGGGGAGUCCUGGACCCGCUGAUAACCAGUGUCAAGCUGCUGCUGUCAGGCGGAGGAUCCGGCAGCACGGCUACAGUAGUCGCGCCUAUCUUUGAGGCCUCCAAGGACACCUCUCCAACGUACACCUGCCCCGGCAUGACUAACUUCACAGUCAGCUCCUCGGUAGCAGCCUCACGUGCAGGGCUGAGCUCCCCGGACUUCCUCAGCCGAUCAGUGCUGGGUGUCUGGCUGGAGUUCAACAGUGAAGCAGCAUUGGCGGUAACAGACCUGCCCUUUGUGGCCGCAGUCGGAAUGACUGUAGUACUAAGUUAG